GAUUGCAUAAAACGUGACGUCAGUAUUCAACUCGUUUGAUUUGUCAAAUCCAUCUCGCGCUCUCAGGGUUUCAACCAACCGUCUCUUUCAGAGGUUUGAAAGUCUUAACAGAGUUCACCUUAUCCUGCAAGAGCUGAAAUAUGUCAGCGGUGUUGGUCGUUCAUGGUGGUGCCUGGGCCAUUCCAGACGAGCUGGCCCCAAUUUCUGUUCAAGGAGUAAAAGCUGCUGCACGGCAUGGAUCGUCGGUGCUUAGAAGUGGAGGAAGUGCGCUGGAUGCUGUUGAGGCUGCUGUUAGGGCUUUGGAGGACAACCCAUUCUUUAAUGCAGGGCAUGGGGCAACGCUAAACAUUGCUGGAGAAGUGCAGCUGGAUGCCAUUAUAGUGGAUGGAAAGACGCUUGCCUUUGGUUCGGUGUCUUGCGUAAAGAACAUCGCUAACCCUGUGUCACUGGCAAGGGCAGUCAUGGAGAAGACGUCCCAUGUAAUGCUGACGGGCAGAGGUGCAAACAAGUUUGCAGAGAGCAUCGGGAUCGCCAUGGUUCCUACAGAUAAACUGGUGACUGAAUGUGAGAGGAAGGAAUGGGAAAAACACAAGAAAUACAUCGCAGGAGUAAAUGAAGAAUUCAACACACAGUGGGCCCACGAUACUGUUGGGGCUGUAGCUUUGGACUCUGCAGGGAACGUUGCAUGUGCAACAUCCACUGGAGGGACCAGACAUAAAAUGGUUGGCAGAGUCGGAGAUUCUCCUGUCAUUGGCUGUGGAGCAUAUGCAGACAACAUCAGUGGUGCUGUAUCGUGUACUGGUCAUGGAGAAUCGAUUCUUAAAGUGACGCUGGCCAGACUCAUCCUUUCACAUGUUGAACAAGGGAAGUCUGUAGAAGAUGCCUCACAGUUGUCCCUGCAGCACAUGGGUGAUCGGGUCCAAGGAGCAGGUGGUGCCAUUGUAGUUUCUCCAUCAGGGCAGUGGGCUGCUACAUUCACCACCAAGCGGAUGGCCUGGGCUGCUGCUGAAGAUGAUGUGCUGUGGUUUGGAAUAGACCCAAAAAAGAAGCUGAAAGAGAAACUGUCCCUUUAGAAGAUUUUGUUUUUAUUAUAUGUAUUUUUUUUAAUUAGAAAAUGAAAUGCACCCGUAAAACAGUUUUCUAUUUUUUAUUGGUGUUUUUUGGUAGAUGAUUUUUUUUCCCAACUAAGGUGUGUAAAAUAAAAAAGUAUUUUACAAUAGUAAUCAUUAAAGCAACACUGAAUAAGUUUUGACCGAAGUAUUUGUUUAAUAUGAGAUUUAUCAAAUUAUUUUUAAGGUCAAUGUAUAGCAUUUGGCAUGAUCCUUGUGAGCUGCCCUUCACAAAAACUCACCUCUGUAACUUAAGACGGUUGGAUCCAUAUGACACCCACCUUAUCAGAGAUAUUGUUGGUUCUCUGAUGUGAGGGGU